GGGGGCGCCACGGCGGAAGCGGAAUAGCGCGCGCCCCACGUGACCGGGGCCGGGCGCGCGGCGGGCACGUGACCGGCGAGGCGGGGCGGGCCCGGCACGUGAGCGGAGGGGCGGCAAUGGCGGAGCCGGCGGCCGGCACCGAGCUGGUGGCGGAGCUGCGCGGCCGCGACGGGCGGACGCGGACGGUGCGAGUGCCGUACCCGGCGGCGGAGGGGGGCGAGGCCGCGCAGCUGCGCGGGCUGCGAGGGGCCCUGUCCGAGCUGCAGGAGCGGGUGGUGGAGCUGCUUGCGCCGCUGGUGCAGGAGGAGCGGGAGGCGGCGGGCGGCGCGCGGCGCGGUGCUCUCGGGGAUGACGACGAGGAGGAGGACGACGACGAAGAGGAUGAAGGCGAGGACGAAAACAACGUGGACACGGCGGCGAGCGGCGAUGACCCGCCCCCGAAGCGGACGAAGGUGCAGCAGCCGUGAGGGCGGCGCUGUGCGGCGGGUGUGCGCUUAGACAGCCCCGCUCCGCUGAACCCACUGUAAGUGCCCCGGGCCCGGUGCCCGGACGGCUCCUACGGCGCUGCUGCUCCUGUUUUAACACCGAAACGCCCAUCCCAACACUGGGAUACAGAAGCCUUAUGGAAAGGAUGCGCCUGGGCGUGAGCAGCGUGUUGUUUAUGUGGUGACAGUGUUACACUGACAGUACUUUUUAGCAAACUAGUUGACAAAUACAAAACUUUUCUUAAAAGUCUGAUUGCUACAUGUUUUUAUCGACUUCUUCCAUAUCACAGUAUUUCUUCAUGUGACCUUAACUUUUAAAACAAAGCAAUAAAGUCUGGAAAGUUAUUUUGUCAGAUAUGAGCUUAAAAUGGUACAAGAGGAUUUGCAUGGAGAGAAAGCAAUAUAUGGCCACUACAGUAUCGAAAUUAAAAAACGUGUAGGACUCUAUCUAUUCCUGUACAAUGGAAGAUUAUUUUUGCCUACCUGAAAGGCUUAGUCACCCAUCAAUCAAAUAUUUUCCUGGAAGAAGUCAGACAAAGUAGAUUGAAAGACUUGGGAAUCUUGGUUUCAAAAAUUCAGGUUUCAUAUCGGCCAGGAAAUGACAAGUCAGUGUGACUUUGAUCAUUAAUAUUCCACAAGUCAAAAACCACUGUUUGUCCUAAGCCUGAUUUCUCCAAAUAGCUUUUUUCCCUCCCUCUUUUUUUCAUGCAGCAUUCAAUCUUUAUAUACUUACUUCCAUCACUGAGUUUUACCCAGGUUGAUUUUUAAGCUCAUUUGGUAGCUAAGUCAAGGGAACAUCACAUCUUAAUAUUCUCCUAAUGCAGAACUCCCAACAUUACCUAAAACCAAGAAAAAAGAAAGCAGAAUGAUUUUUCUGAAAUGCUUUCUAAAACCAAAAUUGGACAUAAAACUAAGGGAAAUGUAGUGGCGUUCUACACUGGUUGCUGUAGUUUAUUUUAGAGGAGGAGAAGGUCUAAAUACUUGAGCAACACCUGUGAGUACAUUAUGCAUAACAGUUCUUGGCUGUAUGAAUCAGCAUAACCCAAUCCCUCUGCUAAGCAGCAUGAUCUUUUUUUAAUGAUAAUGCAGCAUGCAGAAUGUCAUUAGUGUAACAAUCUUCUUGCAAGGGGCAAGUUGUCAAUGCUGUUUUAGUUCCUAGUUUUUGUUUGGAGCAUGCUUCUGUGAACAGGUAUAAAACACUCCUGAUAGUCAGUCCACAGACUGAGUCUUCUCUCGCAGAAGUUAACUGCCUGACUUAAUAGCAGGAAAAACAUUUUGGGGCCUAAUUUUCAUGUGUUCUGCUGACAUAAUUUUUUUAUGUAUUAUGGAAAGUGAGCAAAUCUUGGGACUUGUAUACAGAGGACAAAAUAUGGGAAUAAAUUAAUAAUUUUUAUGAGGA